GUAUUUCAGUGAUGUUAAGGGGAAAUAGUUAAUACAAUGGCACGCAUACGAAAAUUUUAGCUUUGCGUGGGGAAUGGAGCGAAAACGAAGAGCCAAUAAGAUUCGUGGGAAAUACUGAGUAAUACGUAGCAGCCAAUAAGAAUUCCGUAAUGAUUUGGCUCCAUUCGGCAUCACUUCCCAGAAUUCUGUGCGCGUAAUUUGUAAGAAAUCAAUAAAAUAUUGCUCCCAAAUUAAUUUUGAUAUAACAAUUUCUUCAAUUUAUGUUGUUAUAUUUUUAUUUUUAUUACUUAGUCAUGACUCAUUAUUUAAAUGUUUAAAUAAGAAGGAGAAGUCCAUCUUUCCGUUGAUGUCCAAUAAAAGCGGGAAAUGUUUACUGUUGAUUCAGCGUUCUUAUAGUAGACGCUAGUAGUUGGCGCCAGCAUCAACCUAGAUGUCACUCUAGUUGACUCGCUCAAUGCUAUUAUUUUGUGUAUAUAUGUAUAUAUAUAUACACGUAUAUAUUUACGUAUACGUAUAAAUAUGAAUAUUUGCAUGUGCUAUCAUAUACAUAUCACAUGCAUUUUGUCCAAAAUGCCUGAGCAGCAGAAGAUUUUGAGGCUACAGGACGUUUGGCGUACUUGUAAUAAAAUCCGAGCGGCAAUUUUUCGCGUGGGUAUUAAUUUAUGGAAUUUUUACAAACCGCUAGAUCCUAACAAUAAUUGUUUAAUCUCAGAAUCGAAAUUUAUUUCGGUAUUGGCUGGGCCGCUGAAGGAUCAAAUUGGUUUGUCUGACAAAGAAAUUUCCGAUUUGGCCGAUUAUUUCCGCGUUCAGGAUGGUCGAAUAUUUUACACCCAGUUUUGUGAAAUAAUUCACGAUAGUGCCCCUGAAUUCGACAAAAGCGAACCGCUUGUAACUGGUUUGGAAUGGGAAGAUCCAGAGCAUGUAAAUCGUAUAAGUGCAACGGAACAUCGAAAAUUAUGUCUCGUACUCACUCAAAUUGCCGUUCUUAUAAACAAAAGAAGACUCGUGUUGAGGCCUUACUUUCAAGAUUACGAACUGAUUGCAAAAAAUGCCGGGACUGUAACAUUUACGCAUUUCGGGCGAAUCCUAAAAUUUCUAGGUAUCGUUCUUGCUUCCGAAGAAUUCUGUUUGCUUGUAAAAAGAUUCGCGAAAGAUGCUUAUACGAUCAACUAUGUGGCCUUUUUAAAGGCGAUUGACGAAAUUCAAUCUUACUUUGAUAAACAUCAAAUGCUGGCUCUUGGUGGAGAAUUACUUGAUCAAUUUCCUGGUCGAAUUAUUACGGCUGAAUUACCGAAACUUCCAAGGCCGGAAAUUGGUAAAUUCAUACCAAGCAAAGUAUUUGGGAAACAAGCUGUGUUCCAUCCGGUAAUGGAAGAACGAAGAAGUACAAUGCCCUUGAUAGAAGUUAUUCAACGUAUUCAAAGACAUAUCUUUGAAAAUCGAUUACGCAUUUCGGAAUUCUUUAAGGAUUUUGAUCCUUUGAACGCGGGCAGAACGACGAUUUCCAACUUCAAAAGAGGAUUAGAUGGUCUUCAGAUUUCGAGCUUGGGACGCCUUUAUCUUGCGGAAACGGAAAUUGACGCACUCGUUACGCUUUAUAAAGACCCAAAUGAUCCAGAUCGUGUAUGUUGGCGUACAUUCGAAGAUGACAUCGAUAAAGUGUUUACCGUGAAAGAAAUUGAAAAGCUGCCCAAUUUGAAAAUUGAGUCGCCGCCUAAAGAAAUAGCGAAACUAAGUCGAAAAGGAGCGUCUAAUUGGCAAUGCGAAGGGAAAGAUAUAAGAGAUCUUUGUGAGAAAACAUUAUUAAAAGUUCGACAUCGAGUCGAGGAAAGAAGAAUUAUGAUAAAACAAUUUUUUAAGGAUUAUGAUCGACAUAACAAAGGUCACGUAUCACGUUCGCAAUUACGUCAAGUUCUAAGAACUGCGGCUGUACUACUUUCUGAAGAAGAGGAGUUUGCAUUGGAAAAGAGGUAUAAUAAUGAUUUAGGUUUCAAUUAUAAUUGGUUUUUAAAAGAAUUAGAGGCUCAACCAAUCGAAGAGCCCUUGUACCACACUAUGGUGAAAGAAAAAAGAAAAAUCAACGCUGAGAAACUAUCACCGGAAGCAACAGCUGGUGAAACAAAUAUCGUUUUAAUUUUAGCCAAAAUCAAAGCAAAAGUUGUGCGGGAAAGAAUAAAGGUAAAACACAAAAUGUGGGUAUUUUUAUAUUUUUCCUUUACAUCCUUUAUUUGUUCUUUUAUGGGAAAGGUUAUCGAAUUCAUGCGUCAAUAUGAUAUUCAUAAUGAACACGUUAUAAAAAGAACAGAGUUUCUGCGAGCUUUGGAUCAACUACGUUGUAAUUUGACUUGCACAGAAAUGGGAACUAUUAUGAAUAUUUUCCAAUCACCUUUAAGAUCAGAUUCCGUGGAUUAUGUGAAAUUUGGGGAAGUGGUCGAAGAAGCUGUUGCUAUGGGAAGUUUAGAAAGAGCACCACUUUUAGUGCCUGUACAACACGUGCCUUCGGAAGCUUCCCCUAAGACAUUCUUGAAUUUCGAUGAAAGGCACAUGGCCACAACGGCAGUAGACAAGCUAAGCAGAAUGCAACAACCAAAUCUUGAGGAGUUGUUCAGGGGCUACGAUAAAGAGAAUAUUGGUACAGUUUCGAAAGAGUGUUUGAUCAAAGUUCUGUCUAUCAGGCGUAUGUUACAAUUAAUUAGCAACAGAGAACUGGACGCUGUGCACAAAUGUUUCUCCGUAGAAAGAGGUGGUCGAUUAGAAAUUGAUUAUCGAGCAUUUUUACGCGCUUUGUAUCUGAUGCAAGAGAACAGAAAACAUCUGUCUUUCUAGCUAUCUUGAGCAUUGUAUUUUGAGCUAAAAAAUAAACAUUGUUGAUGCGUGAAGAUAUAAAAUAUUUUAUGGAGGUAACUCAAAACGUUUGGACGAUAUUAUUCCGAUUGCAAUACUCGAAUUACCUUACAUAAUUUUUGUAAGCGUAUUUAAUGUAUAUUAUGUAUGAAAUUUUCUUAUCUAUUAAAUUAAUUAUUGUAUUAUAUACUGGUAUUAUAUUUAUGAUUUACAUGGAACAGUUUAUAUUUGAAUACAAUACUUUUAUAAGAAGUGAAAAAAAUUUUUUUUUUAUUUACAAGUACUUUACAAUCAAUUCUCACAUUGAGAAAAUAAAGAUUAUUUUUACGAUUUAAUUAAUCCUAACUUGGAAAAUCCUGGCGUAUCGUUGUGUUGUGAUUUAAAACCAUUAUAUGGCUGAGAGAAUUGAGGUACUAUUUUUCCUUUAUUUUGUACCUACCGUUAAUACUCCGAAGAGACAAUAAAACCUUACCCUCUUAAGCAAGAUACGAUCCUUCUGAUAUUUUACCUGGCCUUAGCAAAAGACACUUUCGUUUCUUACAUGAGUCAUAAAACGAACAUUGUGAAAAGUAAGAUAGUGUUGUGUGAAACGAUGUUUCUAUUCGAGUUUUCACUAUUAUUUAUACAUACAGUAAAUUAAAAAGUAUUUGAACACUCCUAGAAACUUUCUAUGUGCACAGAUGAAGAAUUGGAAAAAAUUUAGCAUCAAUCGAAAAUAGUAUUAAAAACCAACGACAAUUUUUUAAGAGAAUAAAUAAAGAAAAUAAAAAGAAGAAUAAUAAAAAUUGGCAAUAAAAAAGGAAAUCCCGCUUUAUACAUAAAUGUAAUGUAUACAUUGAAAAUUGUUAUAAAUUACAAACAGAACUUUGGAACAAAUAAUAAAAAAAUAUAAACAUGACUAAUUCAUAUAAGAGUAAAUAUAUUUGUAUGUGUGGUGGAAACAAAUAUUUUAGGUUGAGUAAUUGUUUAGUUAGUGAAGUGUAGUUAGGAGAAGGGUUUGUGUUGGUGGGGGUACAAUUGAAUCAUGACCUUGUCUUAACACGCUACUUUUCAUUACAUACAAACACGAGAUAACUCACUGAUGGAAGAAUGUGAAUACAAACGACUACGACUUUGAAUAAAGAUAUGAGACAAAACAACGCGACGUGUGACGAGGCGAGAAUUCCUUUCAAGGAAGAGCGGAAGAGUCGAUUGCGGACUGAUACGUUACGGGAAAUAUAACGUAACGGUGAAACAGAAUUAUUCACUGGACAUUAUGUUUUAUAUGUCUUCAUACAUUCGGAAAUAUAAAUUUUUCGAUGAUCUUUAUUAUUUUAACGCGAGUGACCUUGUGCUCGAUCUGUUACGGAGAAAGUAAUUUAAAGGAUUGGCAAUUUCGUACAAGUUAGUUCGUAGUAUGUAUAACUAUGUAGCCGAAACAGUACAGUGUAGACAGUAUAGUGAGAGCUGUAAAAGCAGAAAAGUAGAGAACAAGCAGUGCGGAUACAACGUCCAAAAGUAGAAGUAAAAAAGGCGUGAAGAUGAAUACACACGAGCGACAUUUUACUGCGCGAUAUCGCUGCGAUCAUAUGUCUGUUUUUGUUAUUUUUAAU